GAGGAGAUGGCGCUCGAUCUCAUGGCCAGGUGAUGUCCAUUACGAGCACCUUGGUUCGAGAUGUGCAGAAAACAACAGAGAUAUGCAAGAGAUAUGCCAUGUGUUCUCCUCGAGGCCUACGAUAUAAAUAUCCACCUCCUCUCAGGUAAGUCCAGUUCCUCUUUGUAUCGAUCCUCUAGCGCUUGCUCACACGUCUUGCCCCACGCUUAUCCUGGAAUUGAUCUCCCUCUCUCGCUCGCGUCUUCGCUUCCUCACGACUUCUGAUAUCGUGCUUCCACCGUCGCCUUCGCCGUCACCUCUCAUCCUCGACCACUCAACCCGACAUCGAGGCUCGUCCUUGCCCCCUCACAUCCCUUCGUCCUCGCUCCUGGCACUAUCGUUCCCAUUCCACCGUCUCAUUUUCGCCUCUAUGUCAUCCGAAUCCAUGGCGGAAGCCACAGAAUUGAAAACCGAGCCCGGGACGAUCCCCACCACCGCCUCGCCGCCUUUCGAUGCCCUUGACGCGGACUUGAUCAUCCGCACAUCGGAUAAGGUAGACUUCCACGUCUACAAGCUCAUUCUGCGGGAGGCGUCACCUGUCUUCCGCGACAUGUUAGCCUUCUCGGGUCCCUCAGGCGACGAAGCGAGCCAACGUGUCGUGGAUGUCACCGAGGAUAGGGAUGUGUGGAAUCACAUACUGCGGAUCUUGUAUCCCAUCGCUGGGCGGAACGACCUCGCCACGACGCUCACCCAUGAGGCUUAUUCGCCGCUCUUGAGGGCGGCAAAUAAGUACGACAUGGCAGCCGUGCGCGAGUUCGUAGCGCGUGCUGUGAAAGACUCGAUUGAGUCACAAUCGAAAGCGUUGCAGUGCUAUGCACUCGCUUGCGGCUACGCCUUUCCCCGUGAUGUCGCUGAGGCUGCUGCCAGAGCAAGUUUCCGGUCAUGGCCUGGCGACCGACCUCCACCACGAUUCGUUCCGGACGUGCCCUGCAUGACCUUAUCUGCUUAUAACCGACUUCUGCGGUACCGCAUGGCCUGUAUCCAAGCUGCCAUUGAUGUAAAUUACUUCAAACCUUUUCCGAGUUGGGACAAAAAGCCAAAACUUAGGCGUCUGGAUGUGUUCCAACUGCCGCAUUCGCAGGAAGAAGACAAGACGUGCCCUCAGAGCCAGAUGCACUCCGCGAUCCGACUUCGCUACUACUUCGACGACUAUUUCAAACGCUCUCAAGAUGCACUGCGUAUUGAACCAAGUGGCGUGGUGGUUGCUACAGCGUCCAUGCUAGCACCCAUGCUUCGAGCGGCCGAACGCUGUACACAGUGCCGGAAGAUUGACUCCGAGGCCUUCAUCCUAUUGGCAAAUGACUACUCCAGCAAAAUAGAGAAUGCGGUACGCGCGAUUCGUCUCGAAGAGUAGGAGAACAUACUGCAUCUACUAGUGUAGUGCAUCGUGCGUUUACUGCGCAAUUGUGCGACUUCGGCCAUGGCCCUGAUCCGUAUUGUAGGUGUCCAGUGAUCACGGACCCCAUGAUGGGCUCAGCCCUGGGGCGAGAAGCGAAAGCGGAAAUGCAACGCAACUGGUGGUCGAGAUACUUCGG